GCCUCCGGAAGAAGGACGGGCAAAAAGGAAACCAGCCUCUACGCCCUUGCCCCUGGCCUCUCCCUUUGCCUCUCCGCCUCUGACUACACACCCGCCCAUCUAAGCGGAAACGAAGCCGCCUUCGCCCUGAGAGAGGCGGAGCCACCUGCCGUAGCUCUGCUCUCGCGAGCCCUCGGAACUCUCGCGAGAUCCUACGCCCGACUUGUGCGCCCGGGAAACCCCGUCGCUCCCUUUCCCCUGGCUGGCAGCGCGGAGGCCGCACGAUGCCUGGAGUCACCGUAAAGGACGUGAACCAGCAGGAGUUCGUCCGAGCUCUGGCCGCCUUCCUCAAAAAGUCCGGGAAGCUGAAGGUCCCCGAGUGGGUGGACACCGUCAAGCUGGCCAAGCACAAGGAGCUAGCCCCCUACGAUGAGAACUGGUUCUACACGCGAGCCGCGUCCACAGCGCGGCACCUGUACCUGCGGGGCGGUGCUGGCGUCGGCUCCAUGACCAAGAUCUACGGGGGCCGGCAGAGGAACGGCGUCAUGCCCAGCCACUUCAGCCGCGGCUCCAAGAGCGUGGCCCGCCGCGUCCUGCAGGCCCUGGAGGGGCUGAAGAUGGUGGAAAAGGACCAGGACGGGGGCCGCAAACUGACACCUCAGGGACAAAGAGAUCUGGACAGAAUCGCUGGACAGGUGGCAGCUGCCAACAAGAAACAUUAAAACAAGUGAUGCUGGGUCAAUAAAUUGCCUCAUUCGUAAACUG